AUGCCACCAUCGCGCACGUCGUCGGCGAUCGCCGGCCGCGAAGGCGCGCGCAUCGUCUCGACGGGCGCCAUCUGGGGCUACGUCAUUGUCGGUCUCUCGUUCGCCUUCUUUAUGACCUUCUUGUACCUCAUCGUCGUCGCCAAGCUGCUGCCCACGGACGACCCGGCGCGCUUUCCCAUGAUGGAGACGAUUCGGCGCGACCACUUUUACUGCUACCUCAUUCCGCUCACGAUUCCCGCGGGCUUCAUCGCCAUGUACAUCAACUGGGUCAGCCUCAAGUACUUCCGCCACAACUAA